GUGACGUACUUCCGCAAAGCACGCACUGGUGUUGUUAAGGCGAAAGACCACUAGGUGUCGCUGCAGCCGCAGUUCACCAUCUCUUAUCUUUCUCGGAGAUUUUCUCAGGCCAGUUUCACCAGCACUGUAAAUCAAAAGAUGUGAAAACAGGAAGCCAGCACCACAAAAUGAUCUAAGAAGAGAUGAUAGCGGAACCAACGUUACUCUUGAGAACAGUGCAAAAAGAGAACAGUAGUGUUGACGUCUCUUCCUGCACAUCUGUGCAUCAUGCCUGUGGUGUGAGAAAUGAAAACAGAAAGAAGAAUGUGAGAGGAAAGAGGAAAGCAAGAGAUGGCUCAGAGAAUGCUAAGCAGAAGCUCUCAAAGACCAACCACGGUACCAUGGGCAGAGCAGAGAAUGAGCAGCUCAAACAUGGAGACAUGGAAGCCUUCACCUUAUUUGAGGUGGUCACUAUGGGCAGGAGCGCCGUGCAGGCUGUGGUUGAUGACUGGAUUGAGGCGUAUAUUAUGGACAGAGAACCAGCCCUGCUUGACCUCAUCAGCUUCUUCAUUCAGUGUUCAGGAUGUAAAGGUGUAGUAACUGCUGAGAUGUUUCAGAGCAAGGAAGAUUCUGAUGUCAUGAGCAAAAUGGUGGAGGACCUGGAUGAGGGUUCUGGUUUGCAGUAUAAAAGGUUUUUGGCAUUUCCAUGGAUACUGACCGUCACAUGGCCCAUGGACAUUGACAAUGGAGAGUAUCCUCUUGUUAUGCCAGGUCUGUACUGGAAAAAGUUCCGCUCUCACUUUUGUGAGUUUGUCUCAGUGCUGAUCUCACAGUGUCAGUAUAGCGUGAUCUUUGACAGCUACCUCCUGAAUACACUCAUCUCUCUGCUGACUGAGCUGUCAGCAUCACAUAUGCGUGCCUUUCGACACACGUGCACACUGGCAGCAGUAAAGUUGCUCAGCGCCCUGGUGAAUGUGGCUCUCAAUCUCAGCGUUAGUGUGGAAAACAACCAGAAACUCUGUGAGGUUGAGCAGGCCAAGACGUCCAGCAAGCGAGCCUCACAACGGCUGGAUAAGAUCCAGAAGAAGAUUACUGAGUUGAAGGAUAGAAAGCUUGAAAUAGAAGACAUGAUGGAUGUGAUAUUUAAAGGAGUUUUUCUUAAAAGAUACAGAGAUGUGAUACCUGAGAUCAGGGCAAUCUGUAUAGAGGAACUAACUGUAUGGAUGAAGACUUACAAUGCAGUGUUUCUUAAUGAUACAUGUCUGAAAUAUUUAGGAUGGAUGAUGCAUGACAAGCAACCUGAUGUGCGCUUGAAGUGUGUGUUGGGUCUUCAGGGACUUUAUCAGGAUGUUAAUCUUAGCUCCAAAUUGGACCUUUUCACCAGUCGAUUUAAGGAGCGAAUGAUCUCCAUGAUUUUGGAUAAGGACCACGAGGUAGCAGUGCAGGCGAUGAGGCUGCUGAUGGCCAUUGCCCACUCUUGUGAUGACGUUCUGAGCCAGGCAGACUACAAGCACAUAUUUCAGUUUGUAUACUCUACUCAUCGACCGCUUGCAGCCAUGGCAGGAGAAUUUCUCUUCACCAAGUUACUCAGUAAAACCACAAUUCCAGUGAUGAGGGCAGGGAUAUCAGAGGAGGACAGACACAGAGAGCUCACCCUGGCCAGAGUCCGAGCCCUUAUUCAGUUCUACACUGAGAACCAGUUGCACCAGCAUGUGAUGUAUCUGGUGGACAGUCUAUGGGAUAGUGGUGGACCUCUGCUGAAGGACUGGGCCUUUUUUACCUCUCUGCUCACAUCUCAUCCUUCCUCAUCAGAGCAAGCUUUGAGCAGCGAUGAGGAGGGUCUGGUGAUUGAGAUUCUUUUGGCAUCAGUGAGGCAAGCUGCUGAGGGACCUCUACUAGCAGGGAGAAGCAUGGGGAAGAAAGUGAUUGGUACAAAAGAGAAGAGGUUACAGACGGAUGACUGUGCAAAACUUACAGAACACUUCUUAAAGGUGUUACCUGAUCUGAUAUCCAAGUACUCAGAAGAUUCUGAAAAACUUACAUCUUUCCUCAAAAUACCUCAGUACUUUCAAAUGGACACCUGUGGUGAUGAAUACACAGAGUCUGUUCAGGCACUUCUCACUGGGCUGGAAGCUGCAGUGGAUACACACACAGACGCAGCACUACUAGAGGCAGCUGUUCGCUCGUACCAUAACCUCUGUACAAAUGAUUCACACUGGCAACACCUGGCAGCUUCUGCCGUAGGCCAACUCAUCCAGCGCUGGACACACACACUGGGCUCAUGCUUAGGAGAGGCUGUCAGUGAUGCUGCUUUUGUUGGAGAUGGAAACAAAAAGGAAGAAAUUCUAUCCAUUUUGAAUAAAUUAACUGCUUUCAGCAAUGCUCAGGACCUGUCUAAAUGGGGCAUAUAUGAGCUGGUCUCUAAGCUCCUUGUAGUUGAGUUACAGCACGGAGGUGUGCCGGUAGAGAUGAUCACUGAGGCUCUCCGCUGUGUCUGCUGCUGCAUCCUGUGGAACCUGAACAACUUUGGAGAAGGCAUAACCUCCAGGGAGUCAGCUCUCCAUCAAAGGAGUCAGCUACGAGCGUUUUGUGAAAAAUGCCACCGGUGUCUUUCACACACGGAGCAGGUGGUGAGAGAGCAGGCGUUCAUGUGUUUGAGUGAUGUCCUCGUAGCACACAGUUACCAGAUGCAGAUGUGGGAUUCAUCAGCAGGUGCUCCUCUGCUCUAUACUCUUGAACCCAGACUGCAGAAAGCGUUGCUUGGCUUCAUCCUAGACCAUGUCUUCACCGGCCCUGACCCACACAGCCACAGCAGCACUGGCAGUGAGAGUAAGGGUGGUGUGAGCUGGCCAGAGGACUUGCACAGGCGGAGGAAUCUGUUGGCUGCCUACUGUAAACUGAUAGUGCACGGUGUGCUUGAGAUGAGUAUGGCUGCUGAGAUCUUCAAGCACUACAUGAGGUACUACAAUGACUUUGGUGAUAUUAUCAAAGAAACUCUGAACCGCACCCGACAAAUGGACAAGAUUGAAAGUGCACGCACCCUAGUUCUGUGCCUUCAGCAGCUGUACUUGCGGUUGAAGCAGGAGCAGGACACUGGGAGUGUGUGCAUUUCUGGAGUACAGACCUACAGCAGCAUAAAAGAGCUGGCCAGACGCUUCUCACUCACCUUCGGCUGGGAUCAGAUCAAAUCUCGUGAGUCUCUGGCCAUGAUCCACAGGGAUGGCAUUGAGUUUGUUUUCCAGGGUUAUGUUCAGCAGUCAGAAAAGCACUCGUCACCGCCAUACCUCUCUUACCUCACCAUCCUCAGCGAGUUCUCCAGUAAGCUGCUCAAACCUGACAAGAAGACCAUAUAUAGCUAUCUGCAACGUUACACUAGUGAGCAGAGCAUCAGUAACAGGGAGGAGUGCUGGAUGCCUCUCAUCUAUUACAGAGCGUCUCUCCAGGGCACAGCUGAGGGAGAAGACGCCGUGUCCUUCAUCAGCUCUGACACUAAUAAACAGCACUCACUCAAUAAUCGCUCCAGAUCGCCCUCCAUCAAACCGGCUGCAUCUGAAGGAGAUCUGCGAAUUACACAAGAAAGUAAAGGGAGCAAAUUGCUUAAAAGUUUGGAUCUGAGAGCUGCAGAACAUCUCAGGGAAACAGCUGAUAUCCAGCCAGGAGUCACUGCUGAGGAAGUGGAUGUGGACACAAUAGAAAUAGAUAUUUGAUUUUUCUCAUGAAAGUCUAUUCUAAGUCAUUCAUUGAACUUAAUGAGAAUGACACAGCAUGUUUGUUAUGACCUCAUCCAGUUUUUUUAGAGUUACUGUAAGCAAUGAUGUAAUGCCUUGGUGCUAAAGACAUUAAUUAUUGGUUUUACACUGCAUCUUUUUUACAUUUACAGCAUUUAGCAGACACCCUUAUCCAGAGUGACUUACUUUUUUUUUUAAUUACAAUUUAUACUACUGAGCAAUUGAGGGUUAAGGGCCUUGCUCAGGGCGCCAGCAGUGGCAACUUGGUGGAACUGGGAUUCAAACUAAAAACCUUAUGAUCAGUAGUCCAACACCUUAACUACUAUCAUCUAAACCAAAUCGAAGUUAAAGAUGGAAGAAUGUGUAUUUUGUUGCUUCUUUGCUGUUACAUUACAGUUGGCAUCCGUUUCCUUCGAAAUUUGUGAAGCUAUCCACUGUAUCUUUUCAGACUGCUGCUUAUGCUACAUCACAGCGCAAUGGAAGACAUUGUUGGUGGGGGAAAAGCGCUAUCUGCCCUCUCUCUCUAUCUCUGUUUAAAUCACAAAUUACUUUAUAUAAGUGUACAUGUACAAGUUUACUGAGCUGAGAACUGAGAAAUAUAAAACCCCUUUUGGCAAAUAUGGAAUUAUUUAUGGUAUCUAUCGAUCUAACAAUUUAAAACCCACUGUAUAUUUAAAUACUCUGAAGCAAUGAGACAAUUUGAAAAUUUAUGUUGAAAAAGUUACAUGCUUAAGCUGCAGGUUAACUAUUGCCAGUGUCCAUAUAAUCCACACUACGGUUGGAUGUAGAGUGGAUCCACUUUCCAUUAUUUUGUUCAUUCCACAAAAUGUUUUAAAUAAUAUUUGGAAAGAUUCAAUAUUUGUUUAAUAGGAAAUAUGUAAUAUUUGGGUAUGAUUAAAUAUCAAAUCAAUCUGAAACAGAUAAGGAAUGUUCACGUAUUUCUUUGCAUUGUAUAUAACUACAGCUUGUGUAUACUAUUAAUGUUAACCUUUUCACUGUAAUUUCAUUUAUUGAAAA